UGGUUGAAUAUUUAUUAGUGACCUCAAAAUAAGAUUAUAUUUUAGCAUAUAAGUAAUUAAAAAAACGAUUAAAAAUUUACUAAAGUAUAUUUCAAUUCCUAGGAUCAAACAAGUCUAAAUGAAUUGUGUCCUUGAAAGCUUAUACUAAUUUUCUAAUUGUUUCUAUUAAGUAACCUUUCGUCAUUGCGAAUAGAUUAUUUGCUAAUGACCGGAGAUUGUGAAUAAAAUAAAAUUAAUCCGGAAAAAAUAAACAUGGCUAAAGAAGAGGAUGACGACAAUUUACCCGAUAAAGAUGCGGCAAAGGAAUUCUACGCUAAAUAUGAACCGAAAGAAAUAAUUGGGAGAGGUAUAAGUUCAACAGUAAGACGAUGUGUUGAAAAAGAGACUGGCCGGGAGUAUGCUGCUAAAAUUAUUGACCUCAGUCAGGAGUCUCAGGAUGGUGUGGAUACGCACACAAUGAGGGAUGCCACCCGACAAGAGAUCAGCAUACUGAGAAUGGUCGCUGGUCAUCCUUAUAUUAUUGAACUACAAGAUGUAUUUGAAUCCGAGACAUUUAUAUUUUUGGUCUUCGAGCUUUGCAAAAAUGGUGAACUGUUUGACUAUUUGACAUCAGUUGUGACAUUGUCAGAGAAGAAAACUAGAUAUAUUAUGAGGCAGGUGCUGGAGGGCGUUCGUUUUAUACACAGCAAGAGUAUAGUUCAUCGGGAUCUUAAACCAGAGAACAUUCUACUUGACGAUCAACUCAACGUUAAGAUAACUGACUUUGGCUUUGCAAGGGUGCUGAACGAUGGCGAAAAGUUAUUCGAACUAUGUGGAACGCCGGGAUAUUUGGCACCAGAAACCCUGAAAGCUAAUAUGUUUGAAGACGCACCCGGCUAUGGCAAGGAGGUUGACACAUGGGCAUGCGGCGUCAUAAUGUUUACAUUGUUAGUCGGGUGUCCACCGUUUUGGCAUCGGAAACAAAUGGUGAUGCUACGUAAUAUUAUGGAAGGGAAAUAUUCUUUCACGAGUCCCGAGUGGGCGGAUAUUUCAGAAGACCCUAAAGAUCUGAUCAGACGGUUCCUUGUUGUUGAACCAAGUGAAAGGAUCGACAUCGAAGAUGCCUUACUUCAUUCAUUCUUCCACACGGUGCUUUGGGACCAAGACAUGACCCCGCUGAAGAAGUCCUAUGCCGGUACAAGCCGCAAAAUGUCCAGAAUCGACCAGUUGGCAAUGGCGAUAAAAUCCGGUGGUUUCAACGCCCGUGCGAAGCUGCGUCUCGCUCUAUUGACUGUGCGGGCCGCGGUGCGUCUGCGUCGUUUGCCGCACACCUCUGCGCGUGCCGUGCCGCUCUGCGAUGCGCUGAUAGAUCCGUACGCCAUGCGAGCACUGAGAAAGGUGAUCGACGGUUGUGCUUUCCGCGUGUACGGACAUUGGGUAAAGAAGGGAGAAGGUCAAAACCGCGCCGCACUGUUCGAGAACAUGCCGAAAACCGAGCUAAAAAGCCUCUACGUUAGCAACUUGAGUCGAUAACUAAUGAGUCAACUGAAAUGGCUAUCUCCUUGCCGCAGCUGCUUCCCUGGUGAUUUGGUGAGUAGAAAUACCAGGAUAGCAGCACUAUAGAAGAAGUGAGUCAGAAUCAGCGAACAAACAUGUGUGAUGUAGGUAAUAAAAAAUCUAUUGAAAAUCUGAUUCGUUCUUGAUUUAACGAAAUUAAAAAACAUCGUUUUAUACCGAGUGGACUGUGUUACAAAAUUCUUAGUUAAUUACAAUUAGCAAUCGAAACUGUAGCAAUAAUAAUAAUAAUAUAGAAUUGAUUAUUGUUAUCGUAAAAGAAUUUAAACAAGGUUUUCUAUUUAGUUUAUAAAUCGUUUUCUCAUUAAAUUUAAGAUGGUAGUGUAUAGAGAUUUAGUAUUAUUGGUAUAUUUAAAUUAUUAUUUUUAUAUAUGUAUAUGGUGUUAAGACAACUAUAUACCAGAGUUAGUAAGAUUGUUAUAAUAGUCACAUAGGCUCACCCGAGUAACCCACAAAUUCCUACUUAGUUUGGCCUUAUAAAUAGUCGUGUGGUUUUCCCAAUAGGGUACUAAGAUUGGCUUACUCACACACUUGUGAUAUAGUAUGUUGUUCGGACAAAUCAGUCAUCGUUAUUUCAGACACAGGGACAUAAAAGAUUUGAUUAUUCCAACGCUUGCUAUUGUUAUAUGAGACUUUUGUAAGU